AGCAGUUGGCAGUGGUUAACCACCACCCUUCUUUAACCAAAGCCAUCACCUCUCCCUUUUAACUCCUCACCUCAUGGCUUCUGGCUUACCUGAAACUAUUUCAUGGUCAUCUCCAUGAUCCCUUAUUAAUGCAUCCUUUUGUAGCUUGAACUGACAGUGAGAGAGGAACUGGUGCUUGGGAGAGUUUUUACUGAUACUCAAAAUAGAUGUAUUCCACUCUACAAUCCAAGGGAGUUGUUGGCACAUCACUUUCGGCUGGGAUAGUCACUGAGGACUGCUUGGGGAACACUUGGGAUCCCCUCACUGUGGUUGAAAGUAUGAACUUUACUGAGGCAAAUAGAGUCUCUUCCUACAGCGACCAUGAACUUCAGAAUGUGAAGGUUGAAGAGCAGCAUGAUGCUACACAGAAGAAUGAGCUGAGCCCAGGAAGCAGCAACCAUAGGCCAAGCAACAAAAAUAGCAAAGGCUCUGAUGCUUCAAAAGAUGACUACCUUCAUGUACGGGCCAAGAGAGGCCAGGCCACCAACAGUCACAGCCUUGCAGAAAGAGUUAGAAGGGGAAAGAUUAGUGAAAGAAUGAGACUCCUUCAAGAUCUUGUUCCAGGAUGCAACAAGAUCAAUGGCAAGGCUAUGAUGCUUGAUGAGAUAAUCAACUAUGUACAGUCGUUGCAGUGCCAAGUUGAGUUCCUUUCGAUGAAGCUUGUGGCCGCCGAUCCAGAAAUGAGCCUUGAUCCUCAGAGAAUUGUUCCUAAAGAUGUACUCCAACCGUUCUACGGAGGAACGGCAUGGAAUGCCUCCAACUUUCAAAGAAUCACUCAGCAUGGAAUGCCUGGCAUUCCUCCUACCUCAAGGGACUUGCAACAAGCUUCCUUGUUACAUGUCCAACAAUUGGAUCAGCAUUUGAGUCCAUGGCAGAAUGAGCUCCUCAACAUGAAUCCGGCUGCUAGUGAAGUUGCAACAGAUCAUACCGGAGGCUUUUUACUGGAACAGACUCCAUGAAGGUCCUGCAGCACUUGCUUCCCUAACUAAUCCACAUGAGAAUGUAAUGAAUCUGAGUUCUGGACCAUUAAAAAAUUGUGUGCAUAUAAUCACACUUCUGACCAAUUUUUUGGUUGCAUAUGUCAAAUGCUACAUGGAGGAUAAUGUGUUGUUCAUCUUUUUUGUUUCUACUUCAUUAGUUCAUAAUUU